GUUGAGAUGAUAGCAAGAUGAGUAGUAUGGCAAACAUGAAGGCAACUCAGCCACUAGCUUCCUUGGUUAUUGUGCUAGUGGUUGCAGGCGCGAUGAGCAUAUGGGAGGUGAAAACAGCAAGCGCAGAUCUGAGUGCUGCACAGUGCAAGGAAGAGAGGAGGCUUGGGCUGAAUGCUUGCAAACCAGUAGUGUAUGGGAGGCCUCCAUCUCCUCAGUGUUGUGAGCGUAUAAGAGUUACCCAUAUGGAGUGUGUGUGCCCAGAUGUCACCCCUAAGGUGGCUGCUCUUAUUGACGUUAACCGUGCCAUUCGAAUCAUUGAAGGCUGCGGCAGAAGGGUUCCUCGCCAUUCUAAGUGUGGCAGUAUCACCGUUCCAUGAAAACUGGGUUUGCUGUGUGAUUCAUGUGGUUGAUUUUCUGGUUGCUUGAUGCCUUCUUCAGUCAUUUGCUCAAUGCUUUGUGGGCAUAGUACUGUAACUUGAAUAAGAAUAUGGGUUCUAUAAAUCCAUGGCAUAUUUCUCUGUUGA